UGAAUUGAAUUGUGCACUGAACGAAUGUAAACGAACAAUACACUUGCCAUCGAGCGCGUGCGGCGGUGCAACAUGCGCAAAAAAAGUGCGCGAUGAGUUCCAGAAAUCGAUAUUGUUGUUGUAGUAUUUCAUUUCACUGGAGUCUGGAAUAUGUAGCUCAUGUAGCUGUAACUCCGUAACUUCAUUUAUCAGUAUCAACACAGACUUUUUAAAAAUUCGAAUUUGAUUACCUUCUAUUUAUUAUUUUUCUAUCGCAUUGGAAAUACGAGUGUAGUGAUCGUCUUCGUCUUCUCGAGUUGUCGCAUAAUAUCGAGAUAAGGUUUCAGGCAUCUUUACAGUUGCCAGGAAUGUUACAUUUCACGUAGCUGGAUAUUUCUUAUCAUUCGUUCGAGUGAUGCUUCAAAUUCUGAAUGAUUCAUUUUCUCAGAACCAUGUUGCUAGAGCAUUAUACGACAAUAUCGCCGAAUCUGCUGACGAAUUGCCCUUCAAAAAAGGUGAUCUAUUGACAGUAUUGGAGCAGAAUACAGGUGGCUUACAAGGAUGGUGGCUAUGUUCCUUCAAAGGAAGACAGGGUAUCUGUCCUGGAAAUCGUUUACAACUAUUAGCCGGCAAUCGAAAUGGUCAAAAAUCAAACGACAUGUGUAAUUUAAACAACUUACAAGAAGAGGGCAGGCGUUUUAGUUGGCAUGUUCUACAGUCGAGCAAGGUAUCAGCUUCAGCGCUUGAAAAUGUGAUUGACCCAUUCCCUUAUGAACGCAAUCUUGGUGGCAGUGGAGGCUGUGAAGAUGCAGAUUGUCGUUAUGAUGUGCUUCCAUGUGGUCAACCCAUUCCAUUACAUGCAAACAGUCAUUAUUCAAGCCCUGUCACAAGCAAGGCAUUUCCAACUGAAGUUGUUGAUGGAUACAGUGAUCAGGACAAGAACAACGCUGAUGAUAUCAGAUUGCCGGGUACUGCAAAUGAGUGUAGCUCCCAAAGGUACGACAUUCCAAGGUCUAUCAAGCCCAUAGCAGCCAUGACACCUCUGUCACCAACUACCUCAAUCAGUUCGUUGACCAGUUCACCUUGCGAGUCUGUAUGCAAUUCAAAUCGAUCCAGUGUUAUUCCUGAUUACGAUGUUCCUAGAGCUAGGCCAAUUUCUAGCUUGCAUUCGCAGCUCAUGACGAUGUCUGAAAAUGAUGGGAAUUCAUCGGCUCCAGCUUGUUAUGACGUUCCUCUACAAAUUGCUCGUGAGUUACCAUUGGAAUUAAGUUCUGCCAUAGAAAAUUUGGAACAGUUGCAAAAUGAAAUUAUGGCUGCAGUUAAUACACUACUAUCUUAUGCUACUCCACUGUGGCGUCAACCUGAUCAACUUGGACCAAAGUUGAUGGAUAUCAAAUUGGUGGUGCUACGACUGCAAUCAGCUUUACACGAUUUAUCAAAAUUUGGUGAAGGUGUCUUGGGCAAUGCUUUAAAUGCAUCUGACAAAGGUUUGGUUCAAAAGCUUUGCCCUUUAACGAAGACGUUAUUUGAAACCAAUAAUGUGGUUCAACAAUGCGUCACAUAUUUGGAAAACUGUAAUUGGUCGGUGCAAGUAUUGGCCAAAGAUGCUCACUCACCAGACAAUGUGGAUAGAAAAUGUGGCCGCGGGUUUGAUUCACUGGAUCAGCUCAUAGUAUGCGCUCGAAGUUUAACAGAAGAUGUCAGACGAUUUUCAUCAUUUGUUCAAGGUAAUGCUACAUUAUUGUUCAAAAGAAACUCAAUAGACAAUCGAGAUCCUAAAAACGAUAAAUUGAGCAACAAAGAUGGAGACUAUAUAAAUUUUGAAGCCCAUAAGACAUUGAAUCGAAUGAAUUCCGAAGUGAGAAGUUUGCUGUCCCACGACAUGCGUAACUCGUUCGAUUUGUUGAUUAAAGAAGCCGAAACUGGGAACGUUCUUGCCCAAUUCAAAAGUCCAGACAAAAUAGACCUUAGUGACAAACAGGUACUGUCAUUUUAUGCGGCUCAAUGCUCCACUCAUUUUUUACACCUGACACACGCAAUAGACGCGUUCUUGAAUACUGUGGAACGCAAUCAGCCACCCAAGGUAUUCCUGGCACAUGGUAAAUUCGUCAUUCUCAGCGCACAUCGUCUAGUUCAUAUUGGUGACACUGUUCAUCAAAAUAUUUCUUGCGUCGAAAUCAACUCCCAAGUAUCUCGAUUAUCUGACGAUUUGUCUGAAGCCCUGGCUACAGCUGUGCGGGAAAUUAAAAAAGCCGCUGUACAAUUUCCCAGUGUCGUGGCUGUCCAGCAGAUGGUCAACAGCGUUGUGCGAGUUUCUCAUUCGGCUAAGAACUUGAAAAUGUGCAUUGUGUUUGCUUCUCACACAUGAGACUUGAUUAUCCAUCGAGUGCCAGAUGAACGGAAUGCAAAUUUAUUACCUUCCAGGCCGGUGUUCCAACACUCUGUCAUCGUUACUGACAAUGAGAGGAAAAUACUUGACCACUACUGAUAAGGAACCAGUUGAUGGGUUUUGUUUCCUAGUCAUUUUGACAAUCAUGUGGAGGGUUUUGCUGCUGACAGGCUACCCCGCAAUUUGAUCUUAGCCAACAUGAUACAUUUUCAAUUUCAAUUUUGUUGCAGUAUUUUUGAGUAAAGUUAGUGUCAAAUGUGAACAUCACUCGCAUCGCCAAUCAUCAUACCAUAGAUAUGCAGAAGUUCGGCCAAAUAUGAGUAUUCUCAACAUUUUUUGACUGGCGAUGUACGAGUAAUGUAAUUUUAAUUUUUCCAAUUCCAUCGAUUUUGGCGUUGGCGUGACAACUUUGUGGCAGAGAACAUUCCUUUACCUACAUAAUAUAAUAGUUACUCGCUGUAGCUUUAUUAUUUUUACAAUUUUUUACCGUAGCUUUAUUAUUUUUACAAUUUUUUACCAUAGCUUUGCUAUUUUUACAAUUUUCUACCUAUUUUUUGUAAUUCAAUUAUUGGUUUGUAAUAAAUCAUGUGAAGCCUA